AACUAAUAAUAAUACAGAUAAAAUAAAGUUAGCUUAGUAAGUGACAAGGAAUUAAGGAAGCGGGUGUCACAAAUUGGAACGAUGUUGUUCGAUCGUUUGGCCUUCUGCUGUUCAAAGCACACAAGUUCAUCUCAAACAAAAUAUCCAACAGUAAUAGAAGAGCUGUGCCACCAAUUUUCUCUGGCCAAUCUUAAGAAAUCAACCAACAAUUUUGAUGAAAAUGGAGUAAUUGGAUAUGGAAGAUUUGGUAAAGUAUACAAAGGUUGUCUUCAACAUAAUGAUGGUUCUGAUUAUUCAGUCACAUUAAAACGAUUGGACGUGAAAGAUAGUCGAGGAUUGGAACAGUUCAAGAAUGAAAUAGAGUUGCUCUGCCAGCUUCGCCACCCUAAUUGUGUCUCUCUUAUAGGAUUUUGCAACCACAAAAAAGAGAAGAUUCUUGUGUACGAGUACAUGUCUAAUGGAUCUCUACAUCAACACCUACGAGGUGGCCUAUUGUCAUGGAAGAAAAGGCCAGAGAUUUGUAUAGAAGCAGCGCAUGGACUACACUACCUUCACACUGGAGCUAAACGCACCAUCAUUCACCGUAACAUCAACCCUAGCAACAUUCUUUUGGAUAACAACAUGAAGUCAAAACUUACUGAUUUCCGCCUUAGCAUACAGGGACCACGUUAUGGGUCAAAGCCAAAACCAAUUAAAGUAUAUGUUAUUGAGGGUAGUUUGGGCUACAUGCCUAUGGAGUAUAUCGUUGAUGGUACCAUCACAGAUAAAUUUGAUGUUUUUUCAUUUGGUAUGGUUUUACUAGAAGUUGUGUGUGGAAGAAACUGUUUAAUAAUUCCAACAGAAACAGAAGUUCUGGAGAAGCCUGUUGAGGAGAAUAUUGACCAGAAUAUCAAAGGAAAGAUUGCACCAGAGUGUUGGCAAGUCUUUAUAGAUAUCAUAAUAAGAUGCUUGAAGUAUGAACCGGAUGAGCGACCAACGAUGGGGGAAGUAGAAGUGCAACUUGAGCAUGCUCUUUCAAUGCAGGAACAAGCAGAUAUCACAAACACCAACAGUGAUUAUACCUUAUUUUCCACCACCACUAUUCACCUAGGACUGGAACUGGAAUCCAACCCAGAAGAAAGUGAUACUUAAUAAAUGUAUCUUAUUCAUAGGUGAUUAGGUAAUAUCAAAUUCAGGAAAUAUUUGGCAGAACUCCCUCUAUAAUUUGCUCUUCUUUUUCUGGAAUCUGGACACCCUCACUUUAUAACUAGACACUGAUAUAUACAACACGGUCAUAUAGACGAGCUAUGUUAAUAGAACAUUUGAAGGGUUAGAUGACUGCUGUGUGAUUGUACCUCCUCACAGAAGUAUGUUUGAUAAACCCAUCAUUAGCCUUGUAUAAUGUUAAAAAACUAAAUUUUGAAACCUCAGCUUUGUGAUAGGUUGGAAUAUUGCAUUGUGAUAGGUUCAACUUGUAGUUUCUUGAAGUAAUCAAUCUCUUCCUACCUUUAUCGAAAGUUUUUUAGCUUUAAUUUCAUUAGAUUUGGAAGACUAUGAACAUCUGCUUGAUCUCACUUCAUGCUUUAGCUACAAAACUUUCGUUCUAAACAAGUCUUCUGCAUUCAUGCUUUAGCAUCUCCAACAUUUGUUAUUCCACUACUAUAUUAUAUUUUAUAUGAUUGAACUUAUGACACUCA